GUCAAAAGGUGUGCUAUGGUGCCUUCAAGCAUUCGUGUUACAAGUUAGCGUAUUUCCAGGACUUGUCUAGACGCGUGGGCUUUCAGGAGGCUCGCCAAGCCUGUGAAAUUGAUGGAGGGGCUUUACUGAGCUUGGAAAGUGAAGCAGAGCAGCAACUAAUAGAAAGCAUGUUGCAAAACCUCACUAAAUCAGGCUCUGGGAUUUCUGAUGGUGAUUUCUGGAUUGGGCUGUGGAGAAGUGGCGAUGGACUAGCCACAUCAAGUGUUUGCCCUGACCUCUACCAGUGGGCUGAUGGAAGCAUUUCACCAUUCAGAAAUUGGUACACAGAUGAGCCUUCCUGUGGAAGUGAAGCCUGUGUGGUGAUGUAUCAUCAGCCAACUGCAAACCCUGGUCUUGGAGGGCCAUACCUUUAUCAGUGGAAUGAUGAUAGAUGCAACAUGAAGCACAAUUUUAUCUGCAAGUAUGCACCAGGUAAUGUCUUAGAAAAAGAAUUAGGAGACAGAGCGGAGCCAGAUUAUGAUGUUUUUCCAACAGUGCCAGCAGGAAAUCCUUAUGACACAAGCAAACCAGAAGAUCAGUAUCAUAUUAUUGCUACUGAAACAGGUAUAAUUCCAAAUUUAAUCUAUGUUGUAAUACCCACUAUACCACUACUGCUGUUGAUACUGGUGGCUUUUGGGACUUGCUGUUUCCAGAUGCUUCAUAAAAGUAAAGAAAGAACAGAAACCAGUCCAAACCAGUCAACACUGUGGAUUUCAAAGACUCCUAGGAAGGACAGUAGCAUGGAGGUAUAAUGAUUUACUGACUGAAAACAAAGCAGAAAAACCAUUUUGCAGUGAUGCUGUAUUAUA